GCUGGGCCUCGGGGCGGGGCGCGGGCCGGGACGCCCUGGCCGCGCGGUCAGCCCCGCGCCACCGCUGCCUCUGCUACAGACCCUCGGUGCCGUGCUCUCUCCCGGUGGCCGGCAGGGCGCCUGGAAGAAGGAAGCCUGAGACAUCAGCCUAUGAAGACUGAAGACCAUCCUGAAUAGCAAUUAUGAAUGGUGUUGCUGCUAGGCUUGUUCUGCAGAGCAUCUGAAAUGAACCUCUUUUAUUGAUUGUUUUUAUUGGCCCAGAGCCAGGAGUACUGGAUUCAGUUGACUUCACGAUUAAAAGAAAACAGUUUUGGUUACCAUCAUAAACAUAUGAACCAUUGUGAUGGUGAAAUGAGAUGAGGCUCCGAAAUGGAACUGUAGCUACUGUUUUAGCAUUUAUCACUUCGUUCCUUACUUUAUCUUGGUAUACCACGUGGCAAAAUGGGAAAGAAAAACUGAUUGCUUAUCAACGAGAGUUUCUUGCCUUGAAAGAACGUCUUCGUAUAGCUGAACAUAGAAUCUCGCAGCGCUCUUCUGAAUUAAAUGCCAUUGUACAGCAGUUCAAGCGUGUAGGAGCAGAAACAAAUGGAAGUAAGGAUGCAUUAAAUAAGUUUUCAGAUAAUACCCUAAAGCUAUUAAAGGAGUUAACAAGCAAAAAAUCUCUUCAAGUGCCAAGCAUUUAUUAUCAUUUGCCUCAUUUAUUGCAAAAUGAAAGAAGCCUUCAGCCUGCUCUGCAGAUUGGUAAUGGAAGAACAGGAGUGUCAAUAGUAAUGGGAAUUCCCACGGUGAAGAGAGAAGUUAAAUCUUACCUCAUAGAAACUCUUCAUUCCCUUAUUGAUAAUCUGUAUCCUGAAGAGAAGUUGGACUGUGUUAUAAUAGUCUUCAUAGGAGAGACAGAUAGUGAUUAUGUACACAGUGUUGUAGCCAACCUGGAGAAAGAAUUUUCUAAAGAAAUCAGUUCUGGUUUGGUGGAAAUAAUAUCACCUCCUGAAAGCUAUUAUCCUGACCUGACAAACUUAAAGGAGACAUUUGGAGACUCUAAAGAAAGAGUAAGAUGGAGAACAAAGCAAAACCUGGAUUAUUGUUUUCUAAUGAUGUAUGCUCAGGAAAAGGGAAUAUAUUACAUUCAGCUUGAAGAUGAUAUUAUUGUCAAACAGAAUUACUUUAACACUAUAAAAAAUUUUGCACUUCAACUUUCUUCUGAGGAAUGGAUGAUACUAGAAUUCUCCCAGCUGGGCUUCAUUGGUAAAAUGUUUCAAGCACCAGACCUCACUCUGAUUGUGGAAUUCAUAUUUAUGUUCUACAAGGAGAAACCCAUUGAUUGGCUCUUGGACCAUAUACUCUGGGUGAAAGUCUGCAACCCUGAGAAAGAUGCAAAACAUUGUGAUAGACAGAAAGCCAAUCUACGAAUUCGCUUCAGACCUUCCCUUUUCCAACAUGUUGGUCUGCAUUCUUCUCUAUCAGGAAAAAUUCAGAAACUCACGGAUAAAGAUUACAUGAAACCAUUACUUCUUAAGAUCCAUGUAAACCCACCUGCAGAGAUAUCUACUUCUUUGAAGGUGUACCAAGGACAUACACUGGAGAAAACUUACAUGGGGGAAGAUUUCUUCUGGGCUAUAACCCCAAUAGCCGGAGACUACAUCUUAUUCAAAUUUGAUAAGCCAGUCAAUGUAGAAAGUUAUUUGUUCCAUAGUGGCAAUCAAGAACAUCCAGGAGAUAUUCUCCUAAACACAACUGUGGAAGUUUUGCCUCUUAAGAGUGAAGGUUUGGAAAUAAGCAAAGAAACCAAAGACAAACGAUUAGAAGAUGGUUAUUUCAGAAUAGGAAAAUUUGAGAAUGGUGUUGCUGAAGGAAUGGUGGAUCCCAGUUUAAACCCCAUUUCAGCCUUUCGACUUUCAGUCAUUCAGAAUUCUGCUGUUUGGGCCAUUCUUAACGAGAUUCAUAUUAAAAAAGUCACCAACUGAUCAUCCGCUAAGAAACCAGUUCAUUUUUUUCCUGUGAAUUUGUUAAUUAAAGAUAGUUAAGCAUGUAUCUUUUUUUUUUUUUUUUACUU